UAAUGAGCUCCUAAAAUCGUACAGUUAAAUAGAUUGGUCAAUAUUAAUAUAAUGAAAGACAUUGCUUAGGUGAAGGAGCUUAUGGAAAGGUUUAUUAGGGUAUGGAUAUAAAGACUAAUGAAAUUGUUGGAAUCAAGAAAAUGGAUUUAGUGUUAUUUGAGAGAGAUACAUAUUUGAGGAAUUAGAUUGUUAGUGAAAUAGAGAUUUUAAAAAAGUUUAAUCAUCCAAACAUAGUCAGAUUUAUAGAUUUGAUUACUACAUAAAGAUCUCUUUAUAUAGUUACUGAAUUUUGUAAAGAUGGAGAUUUGAAGGAAUUUCUUCAAAAAAGAAGGUUGACUGAAAAAGAAGUAAAAAAAACUUAUCUAUUUUUGAUAGGCUCAAGGUAUCAUGUUAUAAAUAAUAAAUGGAUUUAAAGAAUUAGUGAAAUAAGGAGUUAUUCAUAGGGAUCUUAAACCAGCUAAUAUAUUAAAUCAUGAAGGUAUUGUUAAAAUAGCUGGUAAUUAUUGUAUUAAAAUUUAGACUUUGGAUUUGCUAAGUAUGUUGAUAAUUAUACAUCCUAAUUAUUAAGAUCAUGUGUUGGCUCUCCUUUAUAUAUGGCACCUUAAAUAUUGUAAAGGAAAACAUAUUCAACAAAAUGUGAUAUUUGGUCUAUUGGUGUUAUAUUUUAUGAGAUGGUUUUUCAUGAUGUUCCUUGGAAGGGAAGAGAUGAAUAGGAUUUGCUAAAAAAUAUUUUAAUUAAACCAUUAGUUUUUAAAGGGAAUCAAGCAAUCACUGAUUUUACUAGAGACUUUUUGACAAAAGCUUUGAUUGUAGAAGAAACUGAAAGAAUUUCAUGGGAUUAAGUAUUUUAGAUGUUUGAAAGUAUGGAAAAGGGAUUAGUUUCAAAUAAUCCAACUUUAUAAAAGUUGUAUAAUGAUUAAAAUUUAAGUUGGAUGCAAAAAUAAUAAUAGAAAAUGACAGGAGAUUAAUUAGUUAAGUAAUUGUUGUUUUUGUAACAAAUGAAAUAAAACAUAGCAUUUCGUCAUUUUGUUAAUUUAGAAUUGUAUUAAAAAUUAGAUUAAUUGAAGUAGCUAUUUAGAAGAGAUUAAUCAAUAGAAGAAUGCAUUGUAAUUCUAUCAAGACUUGUUCUAGCAUAUAGCAAUUUAUUGAUAUAAUUGGUUGAAGAAACUUGUGAUUCUGGAGAAGAUAUUUUAAUGAAAGGAACUAAAUGGAAUAUCUUAAAUUUCAUUAAAAAUGAAUAAGAAUAUUAUAAAAUAUUCUUUUCAAAUUGUAAAGAACAAUUUUUUAAAGAAAUCCAAUACGAAGUUGAAUUAUCAGAUUCUGAUAGAAAUAAAUUAGAAGAUAGUUUUACAACAAAAAUCAUUAAAUUGAUUGGAGAUAUUUUGGAUGAUCUUAAAAAAAAGACAUCUGAAGGAAUAUUGUAUUAAAAAUUAAUAAUUUUAUUAGUUAAGAUAGUUUAAUUGCUAUAGAAUUAUUGUUAGAUUAAUAAAUAACACAUAAAAAUAUUGUUAAAACAACAGAUCUCGACUUUCAAAUGCUUUUAGUAGAAAAAUAAUCAAGAGAUGAUAAUAGAAAAAUAUUAGAUCGCAUAACAAAUAAAUGGAGAUAACUUUAGAAAUUAUGA